AUGGGCAAUCUCUGCGGCAAAGAGUCUUCAGAUCAAGACCCCUUCGCGCAGCCCGGCCGCACCCUCGCCUCCGCCCCCGCGGCUGCCCGCAAUCCCACCGCACGAGUGCCAAAGAAGGUCGGCGGGCCUCCACGAACACUGGGUUCUGCAUCUUCAAAUCAACAGCAGAAUCAACAGCAGAGCUCGUCACAGCAACAUGAUGCGCGGAUGAACGCCGCCGAAGCCGCCAAGGCGCGAGCAAAAGCAGCGGGCAAGCCAAAGGGCAAACUGAGCAGCCAAUUGCAGGACCAGAAGAAGCAGACCCAAUCAGCUACACUGGAUGCCGCGAGUAGAGAUACGCGGCUGAUGAGAGAUGCAGAUGCGGCGGCGGAGACGAGGGCCUACAACUGA